AUGUGUUGUGAGAAUGGCCGAAACAAUCGCCUCUGGAAGCCCUCCAAGCAAUAUAACCAGAAGUCGCAGCACUAUAGGAUGUUAGACAUGUCUGGGCGUUGCGUCCGACGAAAGAAGUGUGACGAGAGACCGCAUGAGUGCUCGACAUGCUUAUCGUUACGCCUCGCAUAUGCCGGCUAUGGACCCAAGCCCAGCUGGAUGGACGGAGGCCCCCUGGAGAAGCAGAAAGCAGAGGAGAUUAAGGCCGAAGUUAACAGCCAGCGCAGACGGGGGCGGCGGCGGCGACGGCUGUUAAGAGCUUCGGCCUCGGACAACCACGCUUUAAAUCAUCGGACCGACGUUGACGAAGAUCAGAGUAACAACGUGUGGAAUAGUGGUGCCGGUCAAGCCUUAGAAAACCCCGCAGCCGAUCACACUAAUGGAACUUUAUUAGACACUCGCCGUAACCGACUCUUGAAUUCUGCUCCUCACGAGGCUGUGCUAUCGUCUGGUGUAGCAGACUUACCUACAAGCGAUAUCUUCAGUACAUCCCCUCAGGAUCUAGAGUUCUAUUCGGACGACCACAGCCUGGCAAGUCUGUCCUUCGACUUCGGCCCUGCGCCGUUGCCUAAUAGAGUCUCGCCCUUGCUAGAACUGAACGGCCUACUGGAUCCGGCUUUGUUCGCAGACCCCGUACCCCAAACAGUGCUCGGCAUUGAAACCGCAUACUAG